AUGAAAAAAUAUCCGCAAUUGUCAUCUACAGAUCUUCUUCCCUCAUUUGCUCAUAUCUCAAAGACUUCUAGUGCAUCUCAACAUGACAUUUUACACUUGUUACACUCAACUUCAUCUGAUGACGAUCAGCAUUCCGAACGUUAUGUAUCGUUACGUCGGAAGCGUUUUACACGUCGUCAACGUUCUCUUUUAACAAAAGGAUUACGUGAAACACGUACUUCGAAAUCAACUUCGGCUUUGAAUAAACUUCAUAGAUCAGAGUCAACAACUAGCAACAGUAGUGAUAGCGAUAACCUUAACGAACGAAAAAAACAACCAGGCAAGACAGCUCAGUUCAAGACGUCAAAAUCAUUUUCACGAAACUGCGCUAAUUCAUGCUUGAUCUCACAGUCGAUAACAGAAAUUUGCCCGAAUUCAAUUAAAAAGACAGGAGGAAUAUUGGCACCAAGCGAAUCCACUGAUACUUUUCAGAAAUUCAAAGGGCCAGCAGCUCGGAAAGCCCAUCGCCGUACACUUCAGUCUAAAUUGACUUCAAGAGAUUUGAAAAAUAAUUCUCAAGCUGGAUUGAACUUGUGUACAAAUAAUGCGCUGCAUCACAAAGAUACACUUGUUCGACGUUCAUUAUCUGUUCGAGAAUUAGAUGGUACAAUGAUUGAUUUUAGUAAUCAAGAUUCUGUUACAAGAUGGACAUCACAAAUUCUUGCUGAGUUGGACUCACUGCCAUCUAGUCGUUUUGAUCUGACCUCAUCUCAGGUAACACCUGAUGUUGUCACUAUCAUUUCGGCAAAUGAUUCUGAUGUCACAGGAGCAAUACGCGUUAAUGAUCAGAAAAACAGUUCAGCUGUGGUAAGAGCUGAGCCUUGCUUGAAUACUUCUACCGUUUUCUGCAACGCUUUUAUAAACUCUGCUUCGAAGUCAUUAUCUCAUAAUCAAUCCGCUCAUGCUGUUGUUAUGAAUACCAAAGAAAAUUCACAGAAAUUGCAUGAAAGCAAUUUUGACUCAUCAAAAUGGAUAAAUAAUUCUGAUUUAAAUCCCGAAAAUGACGUAAUUUUAAAAAGUAAAAAUAAUACUAGCAGUGAAUCGUUCCGUUUAUGGCGUUUUUUGUUACGCAAAAAGCAUACACCGCUGAAAAAGAAUCAAAAAUUGCAAGGAAACAUGGCAGAAAAUAGUAAAAAACAGAAGUUAACAUGUAAUAAUAACGAAAAGAAAGAAUCGUCGAUAAUUCUGAUAGAUGGAGCGUAUUCUGAAGGAAAAUGUGAUGUGAAGAACAGCACAACGCCGUUGUACGAAGCCAAUCUUUUUCCAAAGAAUACUAAUUCAGAUUCUCAUAAUCGAACUAAACUGUACAAUAAUGGCACUAAUAAUUCAGCUGAGUGUGUUGAAAACAAUAAUUUUAAGCUAGAUCAAGAAGGUGAGGAAAUGGAAGAUCAUAUCAGUGAUAAUUCGUCUUUUACUCUAGAAAAAGUGAAUGUGGAUAAAAACGCUAGCUUACAAACUUUACGUGAAUCAGAUGGAUACGCAGAAUCUUCUCCGUUAACUAUGUGGAAUAAACAGAUAAGAUUAUUAACUAAGAUUGAUAGCACAGAAAUAAGUGGAAACGAAGCGCAUAUGACAAGCAUAUGUGGGAAAUAA